AAAAAAAAAAUGCAGAAGUUUUCCGAGGAGGUCAGAAUUGGAUUCGAAUUUCUUGCUACGGAUAUUUUCCUGGGAGGGCAAAAAGGCGUUUUGGUUUGGAAAAGAUAGAAAGUCGUUGGUUGGUUAACAAUGACAACAGCACUGCAAGUCCCUCCACUAUCUUCUGCUUCUUGCUUGAAUAAUGGGCAGCUUAGACUCCGUCAUUGUUGUUCUUCAUCUUUUCCACCUUCUUCUCCUAAGUUGAAACGGUUUAGAGUCAAUUCCCUCAAAGAGAAAACCCAGGAAAUCAAAAACCCAUCUUCCUCUUCUUCAGCUGAAGAAAUUACCAAGAAAUAUGGCCUCGAAGCUGGUUUGUGGAAGAUAUUCAACUCGAAGGAGGAGGGAAAACAAGGUGGGGAGGAAAAGAAAUCGAAGGGCGAUCAGGCCAAGGAGCUCCUUGCCAAGUAUGGAGGAGCAUACCUAGCCACUUCCAUCACUCUCUCCUUGAUCUCCUUUGCACUCUGCUAUGUUCUAAUCAACGCCGGCAUUGAUGUCCAAGCUUUGCUGCAAAAGGUGGGAAUCUCAACUAAUGAGACAGGAGAGAAAGUAGGAACCUUUGCUUUGGCUUAUGCGGCGCAUAAAGCUGCAUCACCAAUAAGAUUUCCUCCCACGGUAGCUCUAACUCCCAUUGUCGCAAGUUGGAUUGGCAAGAAAGUUGAGAAGGAAAAUUAGUUUUGUGUUAAUACCUGUUUUCAAUAUUUUGUUAUUAUGUUGCAAAUGAUCUUUUCGAUAUGAAUUAGGAUAUUGCUUGCUUACUUUCCAAGUUGAAGCAAAUGAUUCUUCAAUGGUUAUGUUGAAGCCCUUUGUGGGUACAAAUUAAGCUUAUAAUGUGUUUGUGAAUUAUCAGAGAAGCAAUCAAGCCUAAAUAGCUUAUUCACAUAA